GAGUCUUUUCCACGUUUGCAUCCGCCGCAGUGCUCCCAGGCCGGACCCGCAACGCCCGAGCUCCGCACGCCCUCGCCGGCUUCGCGCAGCGCCCCGCGGCCGUCUCUCGCUCCUCUCCUCGCCGCCCGGGAUGGCAUUCAGGUCCCGGGGCUGGCGGCCCCCGCUGCCGCCGCUGCUCCUGCUGCUGCUCUGGGUGACCGGGCAGGCGGCGCCAGUGGCGGGCCUGGGCCUGGGCUCCGACACGGAGCUGCAGAUCGAGAGGCGCUUUGUGCCCGACGAGUGUCCGCGCACCGUGCGCAGCGGCGACUUCGUGCGCUACCACUACGUGGGGACAUUCCCCGACGGCCAGAAGUUCGAUUCCAGCUAUGACAGAGACUCCACUUUCAACGUGUUUGUGGGAAAAGGACAACUGAUUGCAGGGAUGGACCAAGCUUUGGUCGGGAUGUGUGUGAACGAGAGGCGUUUUGUGAAGAUAUCCCCAAAUCUUGCCUAUGGAAGUGAAGGAGUUUCUGGUGUGAUCCCUCCAAAUUCAGUGCUUCAUUUUGAUGUACUCCUGAUGGAUAUUUGGAAUUCUGAAGAUCAGGUUCAGAUUCAUACUUACUUCAAGCCCCUCAGUUGUCCUCGGACCACCCAGGUGUCAGAUUUUGUAAGGUACCACUACAACGGAACGUUCUUGGAUGGGACGUUGUUCGACUCAAGUCAUAACCGCAUGAAAACAUAUGACACGUAUGUGGGAAUCGGCUGGCUGAUUCCUGGGAUGGACAAAGGGCUGUUGGGCAUGUGUGUGGGGGAGAAGCGUAUGAUCACCAUCCCCCCCUUCCUGGCCUAUGGAGAAGAUGGAGAUGGGAAAGACAUUCCUGGUCAGGCAUCUCUGGUGUUUGAUGUUGCAUUAUUGGACCUCCAUAACCCCAAGGACAGCAUUUCCAUCGAGAAUAAGGUAGUACCUGAAAAUUGUGAGCGACGAAGUCAAAGUGGGGAUUUUCUCAGGUAUCAUUACAAUGGCACACUUCUGGAUGGCACCUUCUUUGAUUCCAGCUACUCUCGAAACCGCACCUUUGACACGUACAUUGGGCAGGGCUAUGUGAUUGCCGGAAUGGAUGAAGGUUUACUUGGUGUUUGCAUCGGAGAGAAGCGGAGGAUUGUGGUUCCCCCUCACCUGGGCUAUGGAGAGGAAGGAAGAGGGAACAUCCCCGGCUCAGCUGUUCUGGUGUUUGACAUCCACGUGAUUGACUUCCACAACCCUUCAGACUCCAUCAGCAUCACCUCCCACUACAAGCCCCCCGACUGCUCUGUGCUGAGUAAGAAGGGAGAUUUCCUGAAGUAUCAUUACAACGCCUCUCUUCUGGACGGGACCCUGCUGGAUUCCACGUGGAAUUUAGGCAAAACGUAUAAUAUCGUUUUGGGAUCUGGACAAGUCGUACUGGGAAUGGAUAUGGGUCUCAGAGAGAUGUGUGUGGGAGAGAAGCGGACAGUGAUCAUCCCCCCUCACCUGGGCUACGGGGAGGCCGGCGUGGCUGGAGAAGUUCCUGGCAGCGCUGUGCUGGUGUUUGACAUCGAGCUGCUGGAGCUUGUUGCGGGCCUGCCUGAAGGGUACAUGUUCAUAUGGAAUGACGAGGUGUCACCCAACCUCUUCGAGGAAAUCGACAAGGACGGCAAUGGCGAAGUCCUCCUUGAAGAGUUCUCAGAGUACAUUCAUGCUCAGGUGGCAUCUGGCAAAGGGAAACUCGCUCCUGGCUUUGAUGCUGAGAUGAUUGUGAAGAAUAUGUUCACCAACCAGGACCGGAACGGAGAUGGAAAGGUCACGUCUGAGGAAUUUAAACUCAAAGACCAGGAGGCCAAACACGAUGAACUCUAAACCGGACUCAGCCUCCUAUGUGACUCCAAGCCCCGUCAUGGCAGAGCGUGCAUGAGGGCGCGAGGGUCUCAGAAGCGCACGGUCAGCAAGGAGUAGGUGGGUCAUGUGUACCUGGGCUUAUGUCAGGGGUGGGUUGUUCACGCGGUGAGAAUUUAGGCCUACUGCCAGGGAUCUUAAACAAAAUCGGUGUGAGGUGCCUCAUUGUGGGAUGCGUCGACUCUAGAAAAGGCUGCACUGCCAGCCAGUGUUUUGAGCCUUUGGGGUAGUUUUAUUAUUAAAGGAAAGUAGUGUCAGACAGGAGUUACAAAAAUCUUGCAGAGAACAGAAGGAAGUGACCAGGAUAUCUACAUAGGAGGAUUAAAAAAAAUUUUUAAACUUGCCAGUAUUUUAAAAGUAUUCUUCAAAUGGGCAGAAAAGACAGGGUGUGCCAACUUCCCAGAAAGCGGUGGAAAAGUGUCCUCACUGGCUCUGGUGAUGCCCAGCACACACACACACGCGCACACACACACACAGUUUCCUCACUGGCUCUGGUGAUGCCCAGCACACACACACACACACACAAACACACACAGUUUACAGUUCAUCCCCUUGUGCUGCUCCAAUUGACAGUGGAACUUAGAAGUUGAACAGAAAACAAGGCGUUUUGGACUAUGACUAGCAAAUUGUGCAUUUGCCAUAUACGAUUGCCUGCUUCCCUCUUUCUUAUCGCUGUCACUGUCCUGUAGAACACGCACCCAUCCUGAGUCCUGUGAGCAGACCAUACACAAAGGGCUGGUGGCUAAGGUGGACUCUAGCUAUCUCCCCGAGACCAAGACAAAAACAACAUCUCAGAUGAGCAUACACAGAUUACAUUUGUGUCCUAGAAAGGGCAGAGCCCUGAAGGGGGCCUCUCUUCAUGGGAAAACAAGGAAUCCUCACCUGCCCAACACCCCACCUUUUCUGGUACCGCAUUGCUACCUUAUGUUUCUUGUUCCCCAGUGGUGGUGGCACUCACUCUGAAGUAACCAUGAUUUCUCUUUUGGAACUGCUUUAUUUUACUAAUUUAAACUAUUUUGUACUGAUGUAGCCCUGAGAUACUUCAUGAAAAUGCCGUGCACUCAUUCAAUGGAAUUAAUGUUGGAAAACUGAUCUUUUGUAUAUA